CGCAGGCCCGUACGGAGUAUAGAGCUGGAUGCCCUCGUGACGAGACCCCUUCAAGCUUUUAAGCUGAGUAUUCCUUGGAUUCUUUUGGACGGCGGUGGAUCGUGAAAUUUUAGAUGACAAUCUGCACCCCCCACCGCCCCUCCUUCCCUCUCUUCUACAUAUAAGUGAACUUGGUCCUUUCAAUCUUUCUCCCUCCUUCAUACCACUUUUCUCGUACAAUAUUCACCGGAGAGCCAGUGUCCUCCUCUGCUGCGUAUACUAAACCCCGCAUAAACAUCAAUCAGAAUGACUGCUGCAGAAACCAACGGCCACAGCAAUGGCACGAGCCCAGCGCUCGACAUGGUCGUUCUCGGCCUCAACAGCGGUACCUCAAUGGACGGUAUUGACUGUGCCCUCUGCCACUUCAGACAAGAAACUCCCGACUCCCCAAUGCACUUCUCCCUCCUCAAAUACGGCGAAAUCCCUCUUGAGCAAACAAUCAAGAAGCGGGUGAUGAACAUGAUCCUCCACAACACCACUACCCCAGAAGAGCUCUCCGAGGUCAAUGUUAUCCUCGGUGAGACCUUCGCGGCCGCGGUCAAGGAAUUCUCAAAAGAGCACAACGUGCAGCUGUCUGACAUUGACGUCAUUGGCUCCCACGGCCAAACUAUCUGGCUCUGCACAGGAUGUGCUCAGCCUGGGCGUAUGCGGUCGGCCCUGACCAUGGCGGAGGGUGCUUUCCUUGCUUCCCGGACCGGAAUUACCAGUGUCACCGACUUCCGAGUCAGUGACCAAGCAGCAGGACGCCAGGGAGCUCCUCUGAUCGCUUUCUUCGAUGCCCUCGUCCUCCACCACCCUACAAAACUGCGGGCCUGCCAGAACAUCGGUGGUAUCGCAAACGUGUGCUUCAUCCCUCCUGACAACCAGGGUGGUGUUGACGAGUGCUAUGACUUCGACACCGGACCAGGAAACGUGUUCAUCGAUGCCGUCGUCCGAUACUACACGAACGGCGAGCAGGAGUACGACAAGGACGGUGCAAUGGGCAAGCGGGGCAAGGUUGACCAGGAGCUCGUGGACGAGUUCCUGCAGCACGAGUACUUCAAGCUGGACCCACCCAAGACCACCGGCCGCGAGGUCUUCCGCGACACGAUGGCGCACGAGAUGAUUAAGAAGGGUGAGAAGAAGGGACUGAGCCCUGACGACAUCGUGGCGACGGUGACGCGGAUCACGGCGCAGGCGAUCGUGGACCACUACAAGCGAUACGCGCCGUCGCAGGAGAUCGACGAGCUGUUCAUGUGCGGUGGCGGAGCCUACAACCCCAACAUCGCCGAGUACAUCCAGAAGCACUACCCCAACACCAAGAUCAUGAUGCUGGACGAGGCCGGUAUCCCCGCCGGUGCCAAGGAGGCCAUCACCUUCGCCUGGCAGGGUAUGGAGGCGGUCGUCGGUCGCUCUAUCCCCGUGCCCACCCGCGUCGAUACCCGCCAGGAGUACGUCCUGGGCAAGGUCUCGCCCGGCAAGAACUACCGCGAGGUCAUGCGCAAGGGCAUGCUCUUCGGCGGCAGCGCCACUCACCUGGCCCCUGUCCGCGAGCUGGUCAACCACGUCGGCAGCAUCGAUGGCAAGGUCUUCAACAACAAGUGGUAGUUUGAUUAGAUGAUAGAUGUUAAUACCACGUGUGCUCUCUCUCCCUUUCUCUAUCUCGCUCUCGAGAAGAAGAGAGAAAAUCCCUUCUUGUCCGGUCUGGGCUUGGCGAUCCGGGUUAGGGGGUUUGCAUAGAUGAAUGAAUGUAUGUUAAUGUAUUUAGCGAUCAUAUUUAGAGAAUAG